AGCUUCUACUUAGUGCACUUGACCGCGGUGCCAUGUGGCGCAGUCUUUGUGCUGUGUUGGUGGCCUUGCUAGCGUGCCUUUUUGGCUUGUUGACUUUCCUGGUGGAUCCGUGGAUCACUGAUCCACCUAGACAUCAUCAGGUAGAUGUCAGGACUGCGACAGACUAUGCAGUCACAGCAGAUCAGACCGGAAAGUUGCCUGUUUUGCUGCUGAUGACCGAAGCAGUGAACGCUGCCAUGGUGACGCAUGCUCUGCUCGUGGCCGACGCUGCAAGGCCUUUUUUCCAGGUCCACCUUGCCUCGUUUGGAGGAGCUUAUGCCAAGCUUUUGGAAGAGUCCGGGUUUGCGUACCAUGUCUUGAGUCCCGUGUGGACAGAAGAGCAAACGGCCGCAAUUUACGCUGUGGAUCAAUUCGAGUCCUUCUCCAGCCCUUACACCAAAGAGGUUCUUCAAGAACAGAUCUCAUCCUCGCUGCAGCUCUACUCAAAGAUUGCUCCCAGUGCAGUGGUGGCGUUCUUUGUCCUUUCAGCCAGCAUUUCAGCUCGCAUUGCGCGGCUGCCACUCUUCGUUGACAUGAGCAUGACAAGAGAAACUUCCACAGAUCCCCGAGCCAUUGCAGUCUCCAUGCCUGACAGCGGAGUCGUCGCCAAGUUGGGGCUCAGAACUCCUCUGUCGCACAUGGCGUCGUGGCUCAUGAAACGACUCAAUUUCAUCACGCCGGCAUUUGAAGCUGUGGCAAGGGAGUGGAACAUCACUGGCAUCCACCUGGUCUGGGAUCUGAUGGAGGGUGACUACACAGUGAUUUCAGAUAUCCCCUCUUGGGCUGGUGUGGAUGCUGCAGCCUUGCCACCACAGGUCACAUACGUAGGGCCUUUGUAUGGGAAGCUCAAGAAGGACAUUCCCAAGGAGGUCUUGCAACUCCGUGAGCGUGCAACAUCUGAGAAACAGCCCUUGGUGUGGUUCGCCAUGGGUUCCUCCGGGCAACCACCACUGGUACUGGCGACUUUAAGGGAAUUGUUGAAGCAGCAACCAAAGUGGUUCAUCGUCGCGCCGGUGCACGCGCUGCUGGCAAAACUGAAGAUCAAUGCCAGUGAUGCUUCAGCCAAGGCUGAAGCAGGUCUGGAUUCGCCACAGCUCUACAUUCCUCCAGAACUGCUUCCAUCCCAAAAAGUGGAGCCCCUGUGCGAUCUGGCACUCACGCAUGGUGGACAAGGAACAGUUCACACCAGCAUGUGUUCUGGAGUUCCGUUCGUGGGUGUUGGUAUGAUGCCAGAGCAAGACCUCAACAUCCGUCUUGCUGUCAACAAGGGUCGCAGAGCUGCACGUGGUACCCAUUUUAUUGCAGAUAUUGCCCCAUUUUUUUGCACCUUAUUGCUGCCCCACACUUGUGGAAAACCUCUCGCUUGGGGGAUCUUGGGGGCUCUUGCUUUUGGGGCAGCACGGUUUCUGCUUUGGCUGAAGCACAUAUGUUGAUGCAUUCUUUGGAGAAAAGACUGUUGGAUCAUACUGCGUUGGAAUGCCGGAACCAGCGGCUGUCAUCACCGAGUAUGCCCAGGUGUUUGCAUCAAAUCUGCUGAGGUAUGGCCAUCCAGGCUAUGAAGUUUGAUCCUCCAUCGCAGAUUGCUGGCUUGAUGCACGAUCUUGCUCACUCACCGGAGAUGCGCAUCGCAGCUUCCAAAAUCAGAGAGGAAUGCCAGGAGUAUACAGGGGAAUACGCCUUUGUGGAGUUGAUCCAGCAGAAACUUGCUGGAAAAUGAGCAGCAAAGCUGACAUUUGACAAGAAGAUAAACAAUCAAUCUUCAAACAGAUGUAAAAAUAAAAUCUCUAGUUGAUCUGACAAACGGAUCUAUCAAGUGAACUUUUGUGGCAAGGUGCAAGAAAACACGACCAGACCUUGGCAGCAGACCAUGAAACCGUGAUAACUUGCGCCUUCCCGUUGCUUGUUCGAUUCGUAAAAUACAAAUAUGAAAU